AUGGCGGCAGGUUGUGUGUUGCCGCUUCUGCUCGGACUGCUCAGUAAAAGUUUAAGUUUGCCCGUCAGCCGCCAAGAAGAGUCCGUGUGUGGUUACCAGUCAUGUCACGUGACCAAACCCGGCGUUUUGAACGUCCACUUGGUGCCGCACACGCACGACGACGUCGGCUGGCUGAAGACCGUGGACCAGUACUUCUAUGGAGACCGUAAUGACAUCCAGCAUGCGGGUGUGCAGUACAUUCUGGACUCUGUGGUGGACCAGCUGCUGAAGAACCCGGACCGCAGGUUCAUCUACGUGGAGACGGCCUUCUUCUACCGCUGGUGGAGCCAGCAGAGCUCCAGCAUGCAGGGCACGGUCAAACAGCUGGUCAAUGAAGGCCGCCUGGAGUUUGUCAACGGCGGCUGGUGCAUGAGCGAUGAGGCCACCACCCACUACAGCGCUGUUAUCGACCAGAUGACCAUGGGCCUCAGGUUUCUUAACGAGACAUUCGGACCUUGUGGACGUCCUCGUGUGGCCUGGCACAUUGACCCGUUUGGACACGCACGCGAACACGCCUCCAUGUUUGCACAGAUGGGCUACGAUGGGUUUUUCUUCGGUCGUUUAGACUACCAAGACCGGCGUCGGCGGAUGCUGGCAAAGGAGCAGGAGCUUCUAUGGCGGGCCUCUGACAGCCUCACCCCACCGAUGGCCGACCUCUUCACGGGCAUCCUUCCUAACGGGUACAACCCCCCUGAGGGCUUCUGCUGGGAUCAGUCUUGUGACGACCCGCCCAUCAAAGACGACCCCGACCUGGAGGACUACAACGUGGAAGACGUGGUCGAGCGCUUCCUCAAUAUCGCAAACCGCCAGGCGCAGGUGUACAAGACCAACCACAUCAUCAUGACCAUGGGCUCGGACUUCCAGUACGAGAACGCCAACCUGUGGUACAAGAACCUGGACAAGCUGAUCCACUACGUCAACGCCCGACAGUCCAACGGGAGUCGGGUCAACCUGCUGUACUCCACGCCGUCGUGUUACCUUCAGGAGCUGCACAGAGCCAACCUCUCCUGGGCCCUGAAGACAGACGACUUCUUCCCGUACGCGGACGCCGCUCACGACUUCUGGACGGGUUACUUCAGCAGCAGGCCGGCGCUGAAACGCUACGAGAGGCUGAGCAACAGCAACCUGCAGACUUGUAACCGGCUGGAGGUUCUGGGCGGACGGGCGUCCAGGAGGGGACACUUUGGCGAGGGGGACAGUCGCCCCUUGAACAGAGCCAUGGCGGUGGCCCAGCAUCACGACGCCGUCUCGGGCACCGAGAAGCAACACGUCGCCAACGACUACGCCAGGAGACUCGCCAACGGGUGGCGACACUGUCAAGUUCUGGUCAGCAACAGUCUGGCCGCCCUCAGCAACUCCACCAGCGAGCGCGUUUACUGCGAGCGCCUCAACAUCAGCGUGUGUCCUCUCACAGAGUCCAGCAAGAAGUUCUCCGUCAACGUGUUCAAUCCGCUGGCCCGGACCGUCACCUGGCCCGUCAGGCUCCCCGUCAACGGGACGGCAUACGCGGUGUCCGACGCUCGGGGCAAGUCCGUGGACUGCGAGGUGGUGCCGGUGUCCCAGGCCACGCGGGACGUGCGGAGGAACCGUGGCUUCGCCGUCAACGAGCUGGUCUUCCAGGUGGGAGCCCCCCCGCUGGGCUUCAGCACCUAUUCCGUGUCCUUGCUUCAGGAGAAGCUUCCUCCCGUCUUCAAGCGUGACCGCGCACCCAAGUCCAUCUGGAACGAGCAUCUACGGGUGACGUUUGACCCGGACACCGGCCUCCUGAGCGGCCUGGACAACUUGGAGACCAAACAGAGCAUCAAGCUGGUGCAGAACUUCUACUGGUACAACGCCAGCGACGGCAACAACUCGGCCAGCAACCAGCCGUCAGGAGCGUACAUCUUUCGACCCAACUCCUCCACGCCGUUUGUCAUCAGCAAGACCGCGAAGACGGAAAGCAUUCGGACGUCAGUCAUGCAGGAGGUGAGGCAGAGGUUCGCUCCGUGGGCCACGCAGGUGGUUCGUCUCCACGCCGACAGCCGGGUCCUGGAGCUGGAGUGGACUGUGGGCCCCAUUCCCAUUGAUGACCAGCUGGGCAAAGAGGUGAUCACGCGAUUAGACACGGACAUCAAGUCUUCCGGAAUCUUCUACACCGACUCCAACGGAAGAGAAGUGCUAAAGAGGAAGAAGGACUUCAGGCCCACUUGGAACCUGAAGCAGUCGGAGCCCAUCGCUGGAAACUUCUACCCCAUCAACUCUCGCGCUUACAUCAAGGAUGACGAGGACCAGCUCACUGUGGUGACGGAUCGCUCGCAAGGAGGCGGGAGCAUCCAGAACGGUUCUUUGGAGAUCAUGCUCCACCGCCGUCUUUUGUACGAUGACGUCCGCGGGGUCGCCGAGCCCCUCAACGAGACCUCGGACGUCUUCCCGGACGGUCUGGUGGUCCGAGGCCGCCUCCUGGUCUCCCUCGAGCGCCCGGCUGCCGCCGCGGACGCGCACCGCCCCCUGGCGCAGGAGACGGUACUGCAGCCCCUGCUGACGUUCACCGAGGGGGACCUGCGCCCCGACACUCGACUGGAGUUCUCAGGACUACAGGCUGCGCUGCCCCCUGCUGUCCACCUGCUGACGCUGAGUCAGUGGGACGAGCGGCUGGUCCUGCUGAGGCUGGAGCAUCAGUUCCAGAGCUGGGAGAGCAAAGUCAACUCCCAGCCGGUCACCAUCAACCUGCAGAAGCUGUUUUCCACUCUGGAGGUGCUGGGCGUGUCCGAGCUCAACCUGUCAGCCAAUCAGUGGAAAGAGGAGAUGACGCGUUUUGAUUGGACACCGCAGACAGGGGAGAGGCCAGUGAAGAAACAGCUCGAGAACAUUUCGUCGUGGGAGAUAACUUUGACACCGAUGGAGAUCAGAACCUUCCUGCUCAGAGUGGACCUCAGAUAAUCAUUUUUUUAAAUUUUAUAUUUAAUUCUUUGGCCUUCAUUUUGUGUGUGAAUAAUGUUUCCACUGGGUUUGUACUGAAUCAUUUACCCCGGGACCUGAAAUCCACAAUCUUCAUGGCGACUGUAAAAAGACUCCUGGCACCCGUCAGCCAAAUACCUUUUAUAUUGAUCAAUAAAGUCAAUCAUUUUUACUUGCUGUGCAAAUUGCACUUCCUCUCA